GAACACCCCGGGCCCACGUAGCAGCCCCCCAUUUCCACCCCUUGGUCAUCCUCCUGCGCUUUCCUCUCUUGCAUCUCCUCGUCAGGGCAGCAGGAGAGGGGCAGGGCAAGGAGGAAGGAGCCCAGCCACCAACCCACCCUUCCUCCUCUUGCCCUGCGACCUUCACGGUCUCGCUGAGCCAAGCUGAUAUGGCGGACAGCAACCUGGACGGCAUCAAGAGAUACACCCCUCCCGUGCACAGGAAUCGUGCAAACAAUCGGCGCAAGUCUGGAGAUAGGGCCGAUAAGGCUAAUUAUUCGUUCAGCAAUGAUGGAGAGAAGAGCCAUGUUUCUUCAUUAAAGAAUCUUCCUCCAAUUGUUCAUCAUGAAACAUUCUUCAGCAAUGUUCAGAAUGAUUACAAUCAAACAAGAUUAAUACCCUUGGAGGGAUGUUCUGACAGUGAGGCUUCACGGCUUCUCAGUGACCGUUGGGCUGCUGCAAUGAACUUGUACAAUGAUCAAUCAAUUGAUUCCUCUGAGAAACCAGUAAUGUGUUCUGGAUCUACUGGGUCAUCAUGGGGUCACCUGAAGCUUCCUCAUCAGAUGAACUUCUUUGAAGAGUUGCGCCGUGCAGUAGAUGCUCAAACAGGGACUGUGUCGCCUGUCAACUCCUGGAACUAAUCGAACUCAGCAUCUGCAUUGCUAAAUGCUGUGAUUAAUUUAUGGAAGGCAGGCUAUUUGCAAGUUCUUUGUGCACUGUAUUUCAUAUUUAAACUGCACACAUGCUGUGAUCAAAUGCUUUAGUCUAACCUGCAACUUCUUGGGUUGGAAACAAAACUUGUAAGAUUGAAUCAGUUAUUUUUAUGGCAUUAUGGAUGGAAAGCAGCUUGCUUGUAUCAAGAAAAUGAAACACUGGGUACUCAUGAGUCAUGCCUAUGAAAAAGCUUGGUUAUUGUAUGUUAGUUUAAAGAAUUGGCAGUAUUAGUAAUGAUAUGUCCAUUUUCUCAA